AUCCAAAAUGUCUGCUGCCGACCUGCUUGUGGCCGCUGGCAUCCCCGCCUUCCGAUGCCCAACCGGGACAAAGAUGCACAUUCUGGACCUGGGGACUCUGGAAGCUGACGACUCAUGGAUUCUCCGAGGCGCCAAUGUGAGCACAACAAAAGAUAAGAAUCCCGUCAACAAACGGCGUGAAAUGGCCAUUCUGUCUGCGUUGAUUGAAUACCCGGGUAUCGGGUUGAUUCUGUAUGAAACCGGAUAUGCGGAGGAUUUGGACGUAAAAGUGGGCGCCCCCAUAACCGACAUCUUCGCCCGCACCGUCUACACGGACAAACAACGGCUUCCCAACGCCAUCAAAAACACCGGCAACGACAUCAAAGACGUCAAGGCGAUCAUUAUGGGUCAUCUGCAUCUUGAUCACGCGGGCGGACUAGAACACUUUCUCGACACCGACAUCCCGAUCUAUGUCCACGAAGAAGAAUUCAAACACGCCUGCUGGGCCGUAGCCACCAAGGCAGAUCUGGGCGUCUACCUAGGCGAAUACAUGCAUCUGGAACGAUUGAACUGGACUACCUUUACUGAGUCUCAGCUUGAGCUGUUUCAGGGCAUCACGCUGCACCACUCACCAGGCCAUACGCCAGGAUUGUGUAUUAUGCAGGUUAACCUCCAGUAUGACGGGACGUUUAUCUGGACGAGUGACCAGUUCCACGUGAAGGAAAAUUACGAACUUGCACAUCCGCAGGGCGGACUGGCGAGAGACCAUACGGCGUGGGUGAGGAGUUUGAAUAUGAUUAAGCGGUUGGAGAGGCUAUUUAAUGCGAAGUUGAUAUUUGGGCAUGACAAGGGAGUUGCGGAUGCGCUUAUGGUAAAGGAGUUUUACGAGUGAUUUAUAUGAAUGUAUUAAGAAUGCUUCAGCUAUUUGAACCCCCACUGUCGCAUCCAGUUAUCCAUAAUGGCGCCGUCGAUGGGUGGGAGUUCUCGCAUCUUCUUGCUGGCUGCUUUGCUUUGUUUCACUUCGAAGAGAGGUUGUCCUUUUCCACUACCUUGAAUGCCUUUGAAGAAGUCGAGUAGUUUGAGAGCAGGCCUAUCCUGGAUGCCACUUGAAUCAGACUGUAAAGUGUUGAUCCAAUCCUCAAGCGAAAUAGGUGUGACAUGACAAAAUCGCUGGAUAGUCGGAAUGAGCGAGCUCCAAUCUGAUGGCGAAGGAUUCACAACAUGAAAGACGCCAC